AUGGCUUCCCACGCAACCCUAAGCGCAGCCUCAGACGACCGUAAAGCGCGCCUCGCCAAGCUCAAAUCGUUGAAGCGCAAGCAGCCGACCGAAGCAGACGCAGACGAAACCGAAACCACAUCACAAAAUGACUUUGUUCCCACCGCCACCACCACCACCCAUCCCAACGACAACAACACCCAAGACCCACCCACCCAAGACGUAGCCCGUCUGCACCUCUCCGGCCGCAACUACGACUUCGAGACCAAAGGCCCGAAGCUCGGCUUCGAGGCACCGCCCACACUAGCCCCCGGGCAGGCGACGCUGGAGGAGCAGGCGCGGGACCUGGAGGAGGAGUCGCGGCGGCAGGAGGCGGCGGACGCGGACGCGCAGCAGAGUGGCGGCGCCGCCAUCGACCUGUUCAAGCUGCAGCCCAAGAGGCCCAACUGGGACCUCAAGCGCGAGCUGGCGCUGCGCACCGAGGUGCUCCACGUGCGCACCGAGAACGCCAUCGCCCGCUUGGUGCGCGAGCGCCUGGCUGAGAAGAAGGCUGCUGCAAAUGCUGGGGCUGGGGCUGGGGCUGGGGGUGGUGCGGGAGGACAACAGGAGGGAGAUGCGGAGGCCGAGGGUAUGUUGGAUGGGGCGGCGAUUGUGGAGGGGAUGAGGUUGCGGGAGCGGGAGGAGGAGGAAGAGAACCGGAGGGAGAGAGAGGCGGAGGCGGCCGAGUUCGGGAUGGCUUGA